CACAUUGCAUCCUCUCAGCUGUCCCCGUCGACCUCGCAACAUGAAGGGCCCCGAGGCCCAGGAUGCCUUCCAGUAUGAAGCGCUGCUGUCUUCCCUGAAAACAGGGGCGUUGUGUGGAACUGGCGGUCUUCUCUAUGGAGGCAUUUUUGGAGUCAUUAGAUCACCACAUCCAGUGAUUCAUUCCAUUUCCUAUGGUAUUCACUGGUUCGCAUGUGGAACAUCCUUCUGGUGGUUGAGAAGCAAUAUUCUGAAGCUUCAUUACCAAGAUAAUGCAUCUCCCGAUCAGCGAGCUUAUACUAGUGCUUUUUCUGGCGGUAUCGCCGGCGGAGGCGUAACGAAACUCAUGGGAGGCCGACUCGUUCCGGGCUUGGUCAUCUUUUCGCUACUGGGAUAUCUCGGCCAGCGCUCGUAUAAUGCGAUUGAUAGAUGGCAAAUGGAGCGUGAGAAUAACCCAUCUGUGCCGCUUGCACAACGAAUGGCUGCAUCCAAAUGGAUCCCCAUCAAAUCCCUUUCGGAUGACGAGUAUAGGGCUAUCCUGACAGAGAAGGCAUUGAGCAUCGAGGCUGAAAUUGCCAUUAUCGAUGAGAAGAUCGAGGAACUUCAAAAGUACAGAUCUAAUGGGUUGAAAACAGCACCACCGUCCAGCUCUACGGCAAAAUAAUUGCGAAGCACUUGCUCGGGGGCGAACUAUUGAUAUCUGGAUUUAGGGUCUGAAACAAGCCAAUUUCCAUUGGGUUUGAGCUCAGAAAUUCGCGCAACCUUUUGAGAUUUCAUAUACAACGGAUGUGCGUGGAGGGAUAUAUUGAAUAUUCUAACAGCAGUCAAAGAUAACUCUUAUAUCCGUGAUUUCGGAGAUAGCCUGGAUUCGGACACCCCAAUAAUAAAACAUGCACCGUGUAUUGGUAUAUAUAAAAAUUAUUGAAAAGUGCGCUAUAAUAUAUUACAGCACUUAAUAUGAUAUGUCACUACACAG